AUGGCAGGGGGCAGCUUCCUCAUCGCCGCUUUAAGAGCCCGUAGGCACCGUAAAGGUUAUCGUCGUCGCCGGAAAAUUAAAAGAGGAGUAGACUCAAUCAGCUCUUUACCGGAUGUGAUCCUCCAACAUAUACUCUCCUUUAUUCCAACCAACUUAGCCAUCCGAACUUCCCUUUUAUCAAAACGAUGGAGGCAUGUUUGGUGCGAUAUACCUUCUCUCUUCUUUGAUGAUGAUGAUGCGACAGUACGGAAGGCUACUUCGAUAAACAAAACCCUAAGUCUCUACAAAGCUACCAAGAUAAUAAAUUUUCACCUCGAAUUCAGAACCAGCCUGAGGCAGGAUAUUACUCCCGAGAUCAACAGGUGGAUCGAGUUUGCCAUGUCUCGCUACGUGGAGAACCUGUGUCUGGAGUUCAUUUCACCCUAUCCCUGUAAUAUUUAUAAGCCUCCUGAGAUCAUCUACAUCAAUAAUCCCUAUUACACGCAGGAGAUGGUCAAAGAAACUAGGUUACAUAUUUCUGAUAUCAUGACUCCCGUGUCUUGGACAUCCCUGAAGAAGUUGUCCUUGCAUGGUUUUAGUCUCUCUGAUGAAUCCAUGGCUAAGAUUAUAUCUGGUUGUCCUCUUCUAGAAAGCUUAACAUUGCGUGGAUGUGAUAAACUGAGUUUUCUUGAUCUCAGCAAAUCAUUGCGUCUGAGAACACUAGAAAUAAUAAUCAAUCUUUGGUAUCCGGAGCAAGCACAAAUUGUGGCACCACAUAUCCAUUAUCUCAGAUUGAUUAACCGUCAGUUUUCAUCUACCAUUGUUGAUGCGUCGUCUUUAACUGAAGCUGAACUCGACAUUUCCUUUGGCCUACUGAGGCCGACCUUCGAGGUUGAUUUUAUUCAAGACAUGGCGCUAAAGAUGCUAGAGAAGGUGAAGAAUGUCGAGAAGCUUACUCUAAGGGGAAACUUUCUUCAUUAUUUAUCUCUUGCCGAGGUUCGUGGUGUUCCUUUUCCCAUGUUGAAGGUGAAAUAUUUGACUCUUGAGACAGCAAUCUUUCGGUAUGUUAUUCCUGGUAUAGAAAGAGUGUUACAAAAUUCUCCUGAUUUAAAGAAGCUAACAGUAAGCGCAAAGAAUUGCAACACCAUUCCGGAGAACCAUUUUGACAACUACUUGAAGCGAGAAGGCUUGAAUCCGGAUCAAUGCUGGAGAUCAAAAGAUCAUGGGGUCGAUUGGAACAAGUCCCUUUGGGAUGUAAGUUCAAAGCAUAUGGUUGUUUCACUCGUGGAACUCGUGCUUAAAAACACCAAGUCAUUAGACAAGAUAAUCCUACUUAGGUUUAAGUUCAAAGAUUUGGUUCCACCACUCUUUCACAACAACAAUGUCUCCAUUGUGCUCAGAUGA